AUGAGUUGGAAUNAAGUGCUGAUAUUGAAUUCACAGCUAUUUGCAUGUCAAGCGGAAGCUCAUUUGAAGUUACACCAAUUAACGGAUGCUGAAACGUCGAUUUAUAUAGCUAGGAUGCAUGAGCCAUCCUCAGCACGCCAGUCAAAAUUUUUUGGAAUGCUCUCUGAAGCAUACAUAUUCUUUGUCCAAGCUCAGAUUGACAGCAUUCUUGGAAAGUUUGAUGAUGCGCGUACUGCCAUUGAAAGAGCUGCACGAAUUGAUCAUCAAAGUGCUGAAGUUACUGGUAAACGCAAAAACAUGAGGCUGGUGGGUAAAGCUCGUACUCUUGGCAACGAGCAUUUUCAUUCUAAAAGAUAUGCACAAGCUUGUAAUGCUUAUGGGGAAGGGCUCUUGCUUGAUUCUUCAAAUUCAGUUCUCUACUACAAUAGAGCAAAUUGCUGCUUUCAACUUGGAGAGUGGGAAAAAUCUCUGGCUGAUAGCAACCGUGCUCUCCUUUUCCGGCCACAAUAUACUAAAGCUCUUUACCUAAAAGCUGCCUCAAAUAUCAAGCUGGAAAGAUGGGCUGAUGCUGUGAGAGAUUAUGAGAUUCUGUGGCAGGAACUUCCAAAUAACGAAGAGGUUGCUGAAAAUUUAUCCCAUGCCCGAGUUGAAUUAAAGAAGUCACACAGAGAAGGUGAUGGCAAGGUGGAGUUGGUUUCAGAUGUUGAGAAGUUCCAGGCUGUGAUUGCAUCUGGUGAAUCUGUGGUCUAUUUUAAUGAAUUAUCCAACCCAGAAUGCAUAUGGAUGUCCUCAGUCAUGGAUACCUUGAGCGUCAAAUAUCGUUCAGUAAUUUUUCUCAAGGUGGACGUGGAACAAAGCCCAGCAAUCGCUGCAGCAGAGAACAUUACAGCAGUACCUAAGUUUAAUCUUUACAAGGAUGGCAGUCGUGUGAUGGAUAAGGGUACUGCAACUUCACGUGAGUUGGAGUUGUUGAUUAAGGACACCCUCAUCGAUCCCAUCUAG